CGGACCUUCGACAGAUUCCACGCAGCUGGCCAAACAAAACCAACCGAGCAAAGCUUGACGACGAUGGCCGACACCGCGAAGGACGUGCUCACGGAAGAGGAAGUCUUGGCCGAGGCCAAGGCCGAGGUUGCCAAGGCCCAGGAGAACGAUGAAGCGGCUGAGGCUAAGACCGCUGAGAAGGUUGCGGACCAGCCCCCCGCGGCCAAGUUGGACGUGCAGGCGUUGCCGAUCCGCGCGUAUUUGGACCAAACCGUGGUGCCCAUCUUGCUGCAGGGCAUGUCGUCGCUCGUGAAGGAGCGACCUCCGAACCCGAUUGAAUGGCUCGCUGCCUAUUUAAUUAAGAACAACCCCCAAGGACCGAGUAGCAAUAGCAAGUAGUCGUACCAAGCCUUCAACACGAUGACGGUCUCCACAAAUGUG